AUGCCUGCGAGUUUACAUAAUCUGUUACAAGGGUGGUUGGAGUUAGAAAGCGAUCCUGGUUUGUUUACUUUGCUUGUAGAAAAAUUUGGAGUGCAUGGUGUGGAGUUAGAAGAGGUUUAUGAUCUUCAACAACCAUUCGAUAGUCCAGUUUAUGGUUUUAUAUUUUUGUUCCGAUGGAUUGAAGAACGCCGUAGCCGCAAAAAAAAUAAAGACCAAACAGACAUAUUUUGCAAAGAUGAUGAAUUUAUAAACAGUAUAUUUUUCGCUCGACAAAUGAUACCAAAUAGUUGUGCUACUCAUGCCCUGUUGUCCGUUUUACUGAACUGUUCAAAUAUACAUCUAGGUGAGACAUUGCGACGUCUUAAAGAACAAACUAAAGGAAUGAAUCCAGAGAAUAAAGGAUGGGCUAUUGGCAACACUCCUGAAUUAGCACGAGCACACAAUUUACAUGCUAUACCAAUAAGUGGUCCACAUAUAUAUAAUAAAACACCUGGCGCAACAACUAAGUGGCUUACCGGAGGAGAAGCAUAUCACUUUGUCAGUUAUGUGCCCAUAAAUGGUCAUUUAUAUGAACUGGAUGGAUUGAAACCAUAUCCCAUGGACCAUGGGCAGUUGGCUGAAAAUGAAAAUUGGACAAAAAAAUUUUUAAAGGUGAUAAGUGAUCGAAUCGGAGCAACAGCUGAGUAUGGUGAUAUACGAUUCAAUCUGAUGGCUGUUAUUCCAGAUAAACGAUUAACUACUACCCGCAAAUUAAAUAGUCUCAAAACAAAUAGACGAAUUGUAUUAGACGCUUUACAACAAGUAAAGUUAGCUGAAUUUAAAAAAGAAACACAGGAGAAUAAUAAUGAUCAAUUGCAGAGCAAAUGUGUUAAAAAAGACAUUUCACCCAUUCCUAGCACAUCAAAAGACUAUGAUAAAAAAAAGAUGUGUUCAGAAUCAAAUAAUGUUGUAGCUUCCUGUGAACAAUCAUCAAGUUAUGGAUCAGGUGACAAAAGUACAAAAGAAAUGAAAAGUGUAUGUCUAGAAGAAAGAGCUACGCCUAAAGAAUGGCAAACACUGUCAAGUCAAUCUUCAACUAAAGAAGAUAAUAAUGGCCAAAAAAUGAAAAAAAAUUUAAAAUCCAACCAUACUUAUUCUUCUGAAGAACUAAAUACUUUAGUUACAAAUUUAGAGUUUGAAAUAAAUAUGAAUGAAGGUAUAUUGCGAGAGGAAAACGAAAAACGAAAUAAAUAUAAAAUUGAUAAUUGUCGACGUACACAUAAUUACGAUCAGUUUAUAUGUACGUUUUUAAGUAUGUUAKCUGAACAACAAAUAUUACCUGGUUUAAUAGAACAACAUUUAAGCACUCGAAAACAAAAUUCAAGUAUGCAGCUUUCAACCUCUAUAAGAAAUAAAUCUACAAAUAAAGCACAAGUUAAAUCAAAAUCUAAUAAAACAACAUCAACUAUAUCAAAGCUCAAGACAAAACAAGCAACAAAACGCAAGACCACCACUAAAAAAGAAAGUAAAUCAUGA